AUGGCCGACGGGAACAAGGCACAUCCGUCCAAAGGUACGCGCAGCUCAACCAACCCCGAUGAUCGACAAGUAACACUCGCAGUAUGGACAACACUGAUCACCAACACCGCCUACCUGUCGGGUCUUCUGACCUUGGAUUACUCGCUCAAGAAAGUAGGCUCCAAGUACCCACUGGUAGCCCUGUACACAGAUUCAUUUCCGGCGGAGGGUCAUAAAGCCCUGGAUGCACGCGGUAUCUUAAAACAACAUGUCGCCUAUCUGCUCCCCUCAACACCAAGGGAAUACGCCAAUGAUCCGCGCUUCUACGACUGCUGGUCUAAGCUCACUCCAUUCUCCCUCGUAGAAUAUGAUCGUGUCGUCCAGCUCGACAGCGAUAUGCUCGUGCUCAAGAAUAUGGAUGAACUAAUGGAACUCGACCUCGACCCACCCUCUGCAGCUGGCACAGGCAACCGAGUUUUUGCUGCCAGUCACGCCUGUGCUUGCAAUCCACUCAAGAAGCCUCAUUACCCCUCAAAUUGGAUCCCGGCCAACUGUGCCUACACUACACAGCACGCCACCCCAGACAUUGCGCAAACAAUGGGCCCAGCAUCCGGUGCUGCCUUUGGUAUGCCUAACGGAGGCCUCCAGGUCGUGAACCCAUCCAAGGAAAUAUACGACAAAAUUGUGAGCCAGCUUGACACUUCGGCCACAUUAGACUACGAUUUCGCAGACCAGUCCCUCCUAGGAGACCUCUUCCAUGGGCGCUGGGUGGCGCUUCCGUACAUUUACAAUGCGCUGAAGACUCUGCGGUGGGAGGGGGUGCACGAUGCCAUCUGGCGAGACGAAAGUGUGAAGAAUGUGCAUUACAUCCUCAGCCCGAAACCCUGGGAUGAGUGGGCAGACGAAGAGAAAGAGACCAAGACUAAGGAUGCGUCGCAUAUUUGGUGGUUCAAGAUGAAUGAGGAGAGGUUAAAAGAGGAAGAGAAGAAUGGUGUUAAGGAUCAAUUCUGA